GCGCAUUAUCAUUGUUCCAGUGCAAAUCACGUGGCGAAAUUGAGCUUUAAUGUCUCCCGUUUCGCCCUUUUUCUCUUCCUCUCCCUACUGCACCAGCUUCAAGCCUUCAACGGUCAAAGACGGCCAUGGAGACUUUGGAGGCCGCCGCCGCUGCGCCGGCGAUGUCGUCUUUCCCGUCUCCGUCGUCAUCCUCCUCCUCCGAAUUCGAGUUCACCGUGUCCGCCUCCCCAUCGGCCUCGAGGUGCUCCUGCCCGGCCGACGAGCUCUUCUACAAGGGGCAGCUCCUCCCCCUCCACCCCUCCCCCCGCGUCUACAUGGUCCGUGCCCUCCUCCUCAGCUCCGCCUCCACCUCCUCCUCCUCCUCCACCGCCACCUCCCGCAACUCCACCGCCAGCUCCUCCUCCGCCUUCUCCGCUGCCGACCUCCUCCUUUUCCCCGACAGCUGCAACUCCUCCUCCCGCCCCAGCUCCGUCGCCGAGAAUGACCUCGGCCGUCUCCCCGCCUCCGCCGCCAAGCGCCCGACCACCGGCGGCGGCACCAAGUACCUCUCCUCCCUCGCCACCCGCUUCUCCUCCGCCUUCCUACACCGCGGCGGAAGCAAAAAGUUCGACUCCGUCGACGUGUCCCCAGCGGCACCGCUGAUGCCGGUGUCCAAGCGCGCGAUGGAGGUGAUCAAAAAGUACGUGAAAAAGGUGAAGCCGAUCUACGAGAUGCUCCCCGCCAUGCAACAGAGGAAAAAAAAGACCACGGCCUUCUCCUUCUCCGACCGGCUUUUCCCAGGCAAGAAGAAUACUCCUGCGGCCGGUGACAAUGCGGCGGCCUUCCCGCAGUCGUCCUUCUCCGGGAACCUCCUCGACCGCCACCCGCCGGCGAGGAAGAAACGGUGGGCGGCGAGCUGCCCUUCCUCCAUGCGAUCUUCCCCGAGCCAUUCCGGCCUGCUCUACGCCGGCGCCGCACCGCCGGCGUUUUCUCUUCCUUCAUCCUCCGCGGAGGAACUGCAGAGCGCGAUACAAGGCGCCAUUGCGCACUGCAAGAGCUCACUGACGAGAUCGACUAACCACGACGAGAUCGCCGCCAGAUCUUGA